GUGCUUCCAGUUAAAUAAUAGGAGGAGUCAGGAUUUUACCCUCCCAUUCUGCCCCUGCUGUGUACCAUUCCCCAUGUCCACUGACAGGGGGAUUUCCCUCAAAACAACAGGUUCCCCAGCUCUUUACGCCACCACAUUAGUUUGGAUCUUCAUUUUGAAACAAUGGACAACAGUCCUCUGCAGGUGGUGACUGUCCCUACAGCCCCCUACCCUGACCAGAGACCUGGCACCAGUGGCCUGAGGAAAAGGGUCUUUGUAUUUCAGUCCAGGAGGAACUAUCUGCACAACUUCAUCCAGAGUAUCUUCUCCUCCAUUGACCUACGUGACCGCCAGGGUUCAACAGUGGUGGUGGGGGGAGACGGACGCUUCUUUAACCAAACAGCUAUUGAGGUCAUUGUGCAGAUGGCAGCUGCCAAUGGGGUGGGUCGUCUGAUCAUUGGACACCACGGGAUAAUGUCCACGCCGGCCAUCUCCUGUGUGAUCAGGAAAUACAAAGCCAUCGGAGGCAUCAUCCUCACUGCUAGCCAUAACCCCGGUGGACCUGAUGGAGACUUUGGCAUUAAGUUCAAUACUGUCAAUGGAGGACCAGCCAAAGAGGCUGUCACAAACAAGAUCUUCCAAAUCAGCAGAACCAUCGAGGAGUUUGCCAUCUGCCCUGGACUUCGAGUGGAUCUGACGACCCUGGGAAAACAGAUGUUUGAUCUGGAGAACAAGUUCAAACCCUUCACAGUGGAAAUUGUGGACUCCGUGGAAUCCUACGCCAACUUGUUGAGGAAUAUCUUUGACUUUGCAGCUCUGAAGGAGCUUCUGUCUGGAGAGAACCACAUCAAAAUAAGACUAGACGCCAUGCACGGAGUGGUAGGACCAUAUGUGAGGAGAAUACUGUGUGAGGAGUUGGGCUGUCCUGCCAAUUCUGCAAUUAACUGUAUCCCAAUGGAGGAUUUUGGGGGUCAACACCCAGACCCUAACCUCACCUAUGCUGCAGAUCUGGUUGACAGCAUGAGAGAUGGACAGCAUGAUUUUGGUGCAGCUUUUGAUGGCGAUGGGGACCGUAACAUGAUCCUUGGUAAACACGGCUUCUUCGUCACCCCGUCUGACUCUGUGGCUGUGAUUGCUGACAACAUCUUCUGCAUCCCGUACUUCCAGCAUACAGGGGUGAGAGGCUUCGCUCGCAGCAUGCCCACAAGUGCAGCCUUAGACAGAGUAGCCAAGGCAACAAAAAUAGAGCUAUAUGAAACUCCCACUGGGUGGAAGUUCUUUGGGAACCUAAUGGACGCAGGCCGACUGUCUCUGUGUGGAGAGGAAAGCUUUGGUACAGGUGGAGACCAUAUUCGGGAAAAGGAUGGGCUUUGGGCUGUGCUGGCAUGGCUGUCCAUUCUGGCCAGCAGAAGACAGAGUGUGGAGGAUAUUCUUAAGGACCACUGGUUAAAAUAUGGAAGAAAUUACUUCACCAGAUAUGACUAUGAGAAUGUCGACAUAGACGCAGCCUGUGAGAUGAUGGAGGAUUUGGAGUUCAUGAUUUCAGACAAGUCCUUCGUGAAGCAGAGAUUUGCUGUGGAAGACAAAAUCUACCAAGUGGAAAAAGCAGACAACUUUGAGUACACAGAUCCUGUUGACAGCACCAUCUCCAGGAACCAGGGUCUGCGGAUAAUCUUCUCUGAUGGUUCUCGAAUCAUCUACAGACUCAGUGGGACAGGUAGUGACGGGGCGACUGUUCGAAUCUACAUUGACAGCUAUGAGAGGGAGCACAUUUUUGAAGACACACAGGUGAUCCUGGCACCCCUGGCAACAAUCGCUCUGAAGAUUUCCCAGCUCCAUCACAGGACAGGUCGAAGUGGCCCAUCAGUCAUCACAUGAUUCCUCACUUUUCUCCAUCAUGGUUUCAGUAAUGCCCAUUUUGUUUUUCCUUCCAGAUUUUUGUAUGAACUGAGCUUAAAUUCCAAAUGUAGCCGCACGGCAUGCGUUUUAGGUUGAAACUAUAUUCAGUGACUGUCUCUGUAACACAUUAAACAGCUUUUUAUUUUUGGA